CUGGUAGUGAUGUGAUAGACAAUACGAUGGUCUAAUGACUCUAAUCUAAAUGCGCCUCGGUAUCUCUUGAUGUGUAUAAGAAGGCAGUGAAUCCUCUUGUUUCCAGUUCUUCAUCCCGUUCUUCAUAUCCCAAGUCUUCUACUCUUCCCUCGAUUUGCACAUCACAUCUGAGUACCUGUCAAGAUGCUUUCCCAAAUCACUGCUUUCCUCGCUCUCGGAGCAAUUGCUCACGCAGCCCCAGCUCCAGUUCCAGCUGGUGCUACUGCUGCCGGUGCCGGUGCCCACAGUGUACCAGCAAUUCACAACCCAAACCACGUUCGCAAUGGUACUGCAGCUUUGCUCAAGGCAUAUGCCAAGUACCACAUUCAGCCAACUCAGCCAAUGUCUGAUGCGUUCAUGUCGGCACUCCGCAAGAGACAAGACUCCUCUGUUACAGCUACUCCAGCCGAUGCUGCUGAGUAUCUCAUCCCAGUUACUGUUGGAGGUCAAACUCUCAACCUUGAUUUGGACACUGGUUCAGCAGAUUUGUAAGUUUUACCGUUUUCUACCAUGUUUUGCGCUUGCAUGCUCGUUCUGCUUGAGAGCAUAUCUCCAAUUAUGCCUUAAUUAGGGCUCAUCGAAUCUCAUUCACCUUCGUUCACCUUGCUAACUAUUUUACUAGAUGGGUAUUCUCCUCUUCUCUCAGCUCCUCCUCGCGCUCAGGUCACAACUUGUAAGUACCAUCAUGCCUAUUAAAAAAUGGCAAGCAUAAGACUUGAACUAAUAAAGUAAUUUAGCUUCACCCCGAGCAAGAGCAGCACAUUUAAAUCUCUUUCAGGUUACUCCUGGGACAUUACAUAUGCCGACGGAUCCGGAGCCAGUGGUACUGUAGGUACCGAUACCGUUACUAUUGGUAAGACUACAGUCACCGGCCAAGCAGUCGAAGUUGCCAACCAGGUUUCUUCCUCAUUCGUCAGCGAUGCCUCCGAUGGACUUGUCGGUCUGGCUUUCAAUAACAUCAACACUGGUAAGCAUCCUUGAGCUGAAACAUUGACCACAAAAUCAACUGAGUCUAACUUCGCCUAUUAGUUACCCCAAAUUCUCAAUCCACCUUCUUUGACAACGCUGCCAGCUCGUUGAACUCCCCAAUCUUCGCUGCUUACCUCCCAUUCAACGCCAAUGGAGCAUAUGAUUUCGGAUACACUGACUCCACCAAAUACACCGGAACUCUCACCUCCACCUCAGUCAGCAGCGCAAACGGUUUCUGGGAGUUCCCAUCUACCUCCUACAAGGUCGGCUCCACUGUUCACACCGCGAAUGGUUACACCGGUAUUGCCGACACCGGAACCACUCUCAUCCUCAUGAGCGAUGCUGCCAACAGCGCAUACUACGCUCAAGUCAAGGGUGCUUCCUACUCCAACUCCGCAGGAGGAUACGUCUUCCCAUGUAGCGCCACUCUCCCAACCUUGUCCUUCAAGAUUGGUAGCACAUAUGCCACCAUCCCAUCUUCGUUGUUGAACUACGGAGUUGAAAGCGGAAGCACCUGUUACGGUGCUCUCCAAAGUGCUGGUGGCGGUUCCCAAAACAUCUACGGUGAUGUUUUCUUCAACGCUUACUACGUUGUCUUCAACAAGAAUGGACCCACUUUGGAAUUCGCUCCAAGCGUUUCCGCAUAAAGGGUGAUGAUGCAAUCGUUGGGAAUUUGAUGAGAAUGACAAAUAAGGGAUACGAUGACUUGGACGAAAAUAUGGGAAUGAAUGGAUCUGAUGAAACGUACGUUUUGGAUAUCUGCGAGCGGGAGUUCUGCAAGCUAUGAUAUUCAAUGACCUCUUAUCAAAAAUUGAACGCAUACAAACAAACACUGC